AAGUGAAGGGAGGUCGUGCUAUAUCGUUGGUUGUAUUAAGUUGGCUACCAAUAGUUUCAGAGUUUAUUAUUUGGUUAUCAAAUUGUUUAAGAGGCAUUAAUAGCCAUUCUAGUUUGUAGAGGUAUAAAUAUAUUGUGCUGUGCAUUUUGAUUCAUUCAAUAAAAAAAGGAAACGACAAAUUUGCAGUGUUUUUUAAGCUUGGAUAACUUCUUCCACAAGAUGACGGAUCUAGAGUCUCCCAGAAAAAAUAACGAUUGCUAUUUUUAUUAUUAUUCCACUUGUACAAAGGGUGAUAAUUGUACUUUCAGACAUGAACCAUCAGCUUUGGGAUGUGAAACAACAUGCUCAUUUUGGAAAGAAGGAAAAUGUAUAAACGUACAUUGUAAUUUCAGACAUAUGGAGCUUAGAAAAAAUAGAAAAUCUAUCCCAUGUUAUUGGGAAGCACAACCAGGAGGUUGUAAGAAACCUCACUGUCCAUUUAUGCAUGCAUCAUCAAAGGCUCUUAGUGAUGGCGAAUCAAGUGACAUUAAGUCUCCGGACCCUAAGGAAAUUGAUUUAUGCAGUAAAUCAAAUGAUAACUAUGCACCUGUAGUUGAUCCUCUAGUUGUGAAUUUUGAAGAAGAGUCUGAUAAUGAGUCCGCCCCUACACAAUCUCCUACUAAAAAACAACGAAUAGUAAAUAUUAAAACAUUAGAAGAAAUAAAAUUAGAGAAGAUACAAGCAGAAUCUGCAGCAUAUUACUCAUAUGCAGAUUCUACAGAAAAAGAAGAUUUAGACGCCGAGAAAAUCCGAAUUCGAAUAAUGCGACGAAUUAAUAGUAGCAAGCAGCAAGAAAGUACGGAGAAUGACAUCAGUAAAAUUCAAAUUCUUUCCCUAGAAGAAAUAAGGAAGCGCAAGCAAAGGAACGUCGAAUUAAUUCCAAUCGAGGUUGUGCCAGCUAGAAAGCAAAAAAUUGUCUUAAAUAAAAAACGAAACAUCGAACAAUUAGACCAUACAAAAGUAUAUUCUUUAAAUGAAAUUGUAGAAUUGGAAAACAAGACGGCAAAAAGAAAAUGCUUCGAAAACGAAGAACCUUAUGCAAAGUUAGUAAAGUUGGAUUAUUCUGAUUCAGAAGUAAGCAGCACAUCGAAGAUUGAAGGGCGAUCUUCAGAAGAAUCAAGUCGUAUUCAAUGUGUUGUAUCACCUGUAAUCAGAAACCAAAGUAAUGAUAGUACAAACAAUAAUGAAAGUUAUAACAGCAGUAUUGUUAGGUUUGAUUCCAACAAGUUGGACGAUUUAUUAUUGGAAGAUGACGAUUACGAAAUGGGUUCAGUUAAUUUGAAAGCCGAGGAAGAUAUUUUAAAAGAUAUUGACAAUUUAUUAAAUGAUUGAAUUAAUACAUUUUUA